UCAGAAUCGGAAUCUCAAAAGACGGAUCUAGUAUUGGGGCGGCAAUAAUUGCUCUUAUUGCAGCACAGCAGUUUCAAAAUGGCUCAAAUGUGGCUUGAAUGGAGAGAAGGGUAUGCUAAACUUCUUCGCGGCAGAGUUGGUUGAUCCUCUUCUUUCUUCCGCCAACGUCUCCCAAUGGACACCCGUCACGUCCGACAAUGAUUUGCUCAGAAAAUUGAUCCACGCUUACUUCAUGUACGACCACCCUUUUCUCACAGUCGUUCACAAGGACUACUUCCUUCGAGAUUUGGCCAGUGGACGGCACCGUUUCUGCUCGGACCUGCUCGUCAACGCCCUUCUUGCGCAGGCGUAUAAAACACACUCGAAAAUGGACAAUCGAGUCGAAUUUUGGAAUCCACGCACUCUCGGCUACCAGUUUUCGGCUGAGGCUCGAAGGCUGUGGGAGUUUGAAGCCGGGAGGAGCAAAAUUACUACUGUACAAGCCGCAAUGCUAAUGAAUAUCUCAUAUAGCGAAAAUGGAAUGGACAAGAUCGGUUGGGCGUACUUGGUGCAGGCCGUCGAUAUGUCACAUGACCUGCACAUAUUUGAUACCUCCACGGACAUCAAGAGUGCAGAAAUGGAAAACGUACGAGCGUUCACGGCUUGGUCACUAUUUAACUAUCAGACACUGAUGACAUACCAUUUCCACAAACCGCCACUACUGAAAGGCCCACCAAACAUAGAUUUGCCCGAUCCAGUGCAGAACCCGGGGUGGUACGGCGAGAUGUGGAUUCGAUAUCCGCUGAGCCAGACCUUGUCGCCUACUUAUUUUGGCCUAGGUUUCCAGGCCUCGGCUGCGAUGCAGGUUAUGAAGAACGACAUGGGGCUUGAAAUGUAUGGAAACCUAUCUGGCAGUGGCAAGCUGUCGGUUGCGCAGACCAAAACCCUUUUCCAACGAUUGACUGCUUGGUUCGACAGCUUGCCAGGUCCGCUAAAGCCACAGAGAAUUGUCCUUCCUUUACAUUUCAAGAUCCAUGCCUAUUAUUUCCAUAUAAUUUCAGAUCUUUUCCAGCCUCUGGCUGCAGAUCCAGUGACUGCCACGAUCAAGUUCAUGGGUAGGACCCCCCAAGAAAUAAUCUCCUAUGCUUUGACGCGAAUGGAGACUCUCGCCCGCCUCUACUAUCUUCGUCACAGCUUCGACUACUAUGAUGCCUGUGUUCUUCAAUUCCUCAUUCCGCUCGCAUAUUCCGCCCUCAGCCAGAUCUUCAACGCGGACUCCACGACUCCUCUCGCAAGACUAAACGCGCUUCGUUCGACACUAGUUCUCUGCGCCAAAGGUAUUGGUGACCAAGGUCAAAGUUUCUAUAUUGCAAAGGCCGUAUUUCGCAUGAUUCGCGAGAAAAUGAGGCCCGAGGACCACCGGCUCAUGAAUCGGUUUGCCCAAAGCAAAGAGUUAGAAGACGUGGAGCCUCUAAUAUCGCACCAUGUGCAAAGUCAGUGGCCAAUGCCAAUUAUUCGAGUUGAUCGGAAUCCUAGUACGAAUGAUUUCGAAGAAUUAGUGAAGGAGUACAAGAAGUUGAGUAUGGAGGGCGAGGAUGAGGAAGACUGCUCAGGGUUGGAGGAAAACUAG